AAUUGUGGGGAAAGUGAUCGCGAGCGAGGGAGAACUUCAUUGGAAAGAUGUUCGAACGCUGCAAUUUAUUGUGCAUGGCCCUGCUGAUGGCAUCGGCACUACUGACCCAAGCCCACUUCCCGCAAUACUGUGCGGAAUGCGAGCAGGAGGUGUGGGAACAGGUGCCGUGCAGCGAGGUGCCCACGACGGUGGCGCCCACAAGCACUGCAGCACCAGCGACCACUACCACCCCGGGCAGCGUUGAACCCACCACCAGCAGCACCAGCAGCACCACCAGUGCCCCGUCCACGCCCACGGACCAGACCACCCAGCCGUCGGCGUACAAGAAGUGCUACUGCGAGUGCAAGCUGGGCUGCAAGGAGUUCUGCCGCAAGGUGAUCUCCUCGGAGCCCAAGCAGCCGCUCACCCAGAUCUCCUCCAUCGGGGAGUACGCACCUGGCGGGCAGGUGGAGUUCACACACGUCCAUCAGCGCAAAUACUUUCCCAAGUAUGGAGGCGACUCCUAUGCGGGUUGGGUGGGACCCGUGGGUGGACCCAAGGCCUAUAAGCCCUAUCCGUUGGUCUACGAACAGGCGGCCGCGGCAUCUGCUGCAUCGCCGGCUUCCAUUCCCUCGGUGGCAUCCUCGCCAGCGGUGGCCAGCAUAGCUGCUCCGAAUUACACGCUGGAAGAGUUGGCCCAGCUGCUGAGCACCGCCUAUGGCAGCAAGAAGGGUUAUCCGGCUAGUGUGCCAGCUCCACCGCCACGUCCCCAGUUUCAGCUGCAGCCAGCUCCCUCCGUGUACUACUCCCCGGUUCCAAGCUACGGAAAGCCAGUGGUUCCACUCGUGAGCAAAGUGCCGCCGGCACCCAAACUCACCUCCAGCAUUAAGUACGCCGCCUCAGCGGUCUCAUCAUCCUCAUCGGGCGUGUCGGUGGCCAAGAUAAAGACUCCGUACGAGGAGAAGAUUGUGGUGGCCACCCCGGCGCCCAUUUAUGAGAGGUCCACGUCGUAUCCCAUUGUCGAAGCACCCAAGGAAUACUCGGCGCCCCAGACAGAGCUCUAUCCCGUUGUGCAGAGCCAGACGGAGUCGUAUCCCAGCCACACUCCCAUAUACCCGAGUCCCACGGAGUCCUAUCCCAGCCAAAAGGACUCCUACCCCAGCGUCACUGAGUCAUAUCCCAGCCAAACCGAGUCCUAUCAACCCCGUACGGAGGCCUAUCCCGUGCCUCAGCCGGAGGUCAAGCCUUAUGGUGGUCCCGAUGCUGGCGCCGACAAGCCCUCCUCCAACUUUGACCUGGCCAUCGAUAAUUAUCUGAAGGACUUCGGAUACGGCAGCCAGGGAAGGGGCUAUGCGGACUACUGAAUCUGUUGUUCGAUCUGUUGUUUUAGGCUUAGUCUAGGCUAGAAUGUUUUCUAGGUGUCAAAUUAUUUAUU